CCUUCUGUUGAGACGCUGAUGUGAGCUCGGGAAGGUUGAAUCCGAGUGAAUUAUCUGAAACUGGUUUACCGUGCAUCGUGCAAUAAAACACAUUUGAUGUCAGAAGAGAAAAGAUAUACAUAUAAAGUUGAAACAUAUUUUCUAAUACGCGAAAGAACUGUUUACUGACUUGUACUGUUUAGAAAAUUUUUCACUGACGCGAGCUAUAACACGCGACAAGGCUAUACAAAUUUGGAGCCGAUCCACUUUACCAUAACACUCGAAGGGAAAAACACAUUCAAUGAAACGCUUUUGAUGGUGCUUGAGAAUACUUCAGGCUCGCUAUAUUUGGACAUAACCAGCUACAAAUAUCACUAUGGAAAGUAAAACCGUUGAAGGGGGUCAGCAUCCUCAUUGGCCUCCCGUAAAUUUCGAUAGGUUUACGAUCUCCACACAACAAAGUUAGAUAUUCAGUCCAAAAUAGUGGAUGACUAUAAACAGAUAACUGGAGAUGAAAGACUUAAAAAGGUAGUCGUGAUUAAGAGAGGAUAGUAAUGACUCCAAUUAAAAAGGGACAUGGUCACACUCGUAUUAAGAUUGAGCGAGUACAACAAACAGAUGAAAACAACAGCUCUGUUAUGCACGUGGCUGGAGGAGCCCACAAAGGGAUUGUUAUUAACAAAGAAGCAUCAUCAGGUGAGGAUGACCAGUUUCAUGCCCAGCUAACAUUGGAGUUCAAAGUUUUUUUGACCAAUGCAGCAAAUGACACACAUACACAGGAAAGCCGUCAGCUAAAGUUUUGGUUUAAGAAUGAAGUGUCAGAACCUGAUCAAAUGCGAAAUGCACAGGAUUUCUUCAAAGAACUUGUAAGCCCCAGUCACUUCCCAAAAGACUAUGUGGGUUUCAUCAAAGGAAUCAUGAAACUAAUGCAGCUAAAAUAUCGAAAUAUUAGAAAGAUUGAGGUGGAAAUUAGGCAGAUUGAAGAGAUCACUGAACCUCCAACUAGGCCUACUCUUCCUAAUGGUAUAUUGCUGACUGUUGACUCACAGAAAUUCAUAGUGGAAGAAUUAGAGAAAAAAUCUGGAGCAACUAUCCGGUCUUCACCCAAUCAUAAAGUCUCUAUGGAUGAGAAUUCUAUUGGUGCUAAGGUGGGAGUUAAUCAAGAAAAAGUUUUGGAAAUGAUUGAAUCAGCUUACCCAAACCCUCUCACAGUAACUGAUAUGGCCAAAACAUUACAGUGUACUGAAGAAGAAGUUCACCUGCAUCUUGAUGAGCUGAAGUCAAAGGGAAUCAUCAAGUUAUUAGAAAAUGGAAGCUACACAAGAGUCACUCAGAAUGAUACAGAAGUCAAAAUGGUGCGUCAAGUCCCAACAGUCAUCAGUUCCCAGCAGCCUUCCAUUGCAAUCAUUACAGCUCAAUACUGUGAAAAAGUUGCAGUGGAUGCUAUGAUAGAAAAUAAAGAUACUUAUGUUAGGUACAAAACUGAAGGAGAAUCAAAUGUUUAUACUCUUGGCAACAUAGGAGCACAUCGUGUUGUAGCCACAAAGUUACCUGCUGUCGGACAUCACAGAGGAGCUAUGAUUGCUGCUGGUAACACAACAACUCGUUUGUUAGGGAGCUUUCAGAAAGUCGAAUAUGUUUUUCUUGUUGGAAUUGGAGGUGGCGUUCCUCACUACACUGAUUAUUCAAAACACGUACGCUUGGGUGAUGUUGUAGUAUCCACACCCCCUGAAGGGCAGAAUGAUAAAUUCAUCUACAUAUAUUGUGAAAAGACCAAGAACUCUUCUGAAGAUAAAGCAACAAAUGGAACACUCAGUAGUAAACAUAACAUUAAGAGAUGGUGUCCACCUAGCCUCUGCUUACAAGAAAUAGCACAACAACUCUGGGCUCAAGGUUUAGUUGAUGCCAAGCAACGGCCAUGGGAAGACUACAUCAGACAUGCCACAGAAACCCUUGCCAGUCAAGAAGCUGACUUUAACCGACCAUCUCCAGAAACAGACAAACUUUUCAUGUCCAUUGGAGGAAAGGACAUCAUUGAAGUUGGACAUCCUCAAGCUCCUGAAGGAACAGUGGAUUAUCGACAGCCUGGAAAGUCCAUGAUUCACUUUGGAGGUGUUGCAUCCGGAAGGGCAUUGAUGAAGGAUGAUGCUGUUCGACAGGAAUUUGCCAAUCAGCGAGGAAUUCUGGCUUUUGAUUCAGAAUUCGAUGCUGUUGUUGAGUCAAUCUAUGGAAAUCGUAAAGACAACUAUGUUUUCAUCAGGGGAAUAUCAGAUUACAAAGAUGGAACAAAAAACAAGGAAUGGCAGCCUUACUCAGCCUUAGCAGCAGCAGCAUUCAUGAAAGCUUUAAUUUGUGCAUUAGACCCUUGUGAUGAUCAGGACUAAUAAUUAAUAACUAGAAUAGAUCUACCCCCAUUCUUUGAUAAAUCUCUCAGAAUUUUAUCAUUCCACUUUUUUUAAACACUCAAUUGUUAUAAUGAAUUAUGAAACACGGCUUUUCAAGCAUACGUGUAUAUUACUCAUAGCUAAUGAUCUGAACAUCUUUUAAGCUUGUAGCAGAAGUUAAAUGUUUUGAUUUAUCAAUUUUAUACUUAAUUUAGUUAUUAAACUGAUCAUUUUGUAAAAGAUUAUUACUUUAAAAAAAAGCAAGAUGUACAUUCAACAAUUAAGAAUUCAAAAAAAAUAUAUAAAAAUAUAUUUUUUCUUUUUUCUUCCUUUUUUUUAGAAGAAAAUCAUUAAUAAAAUAUCUAAUACUUUUUAUAUGGGCUUCGAGAUUUUAUUAAAAACAUUCUAAAUAUGUCAAUUUGAUUUAUUAACCAUUGUGUAAUGCUGAUGUGCUAUUUAAUUUCAAAAUUUAUACCUUCAAAUGCUUCUCUACAUAUUAACUAAUGGGCAUAUAGAAAGAUUCAUUCUGUCUUCAGUGUUUUUUGUUUCAAUUGAACAUACAUUUUUAUGGUAACAUAAGUUAGUUUGACCCAGAAAAGAAAUUGUAUAGGUUUUGUUUUCUUUAUAUAUAUAAGUGUGUGUGUGUUGCAGUGAACAGUUUCUAAAACAUUGUUGUUAAUUCAAAAUGUAAAUAAGUGUGGUAUAUGCAUGUGUAAAAUUGUACAUUAAGGUUUAUGUCUUUUAGCCUUUUAAAAGCCUUACAGUAUUUAUUUGAAGUUUUAGGUUUGAACUAUCUUUAUUCAUUGUGGUGAAAAAUUCUUGUAACUCAAUACUACAAUUAAUUUGUUUUCCUAAUUUUUAAGCCUAUUGGUUUUUCCAAUAUUCUGCCAACUUUUGGCAUUUACGUUGCAAUUGCUCAUGUUUUCUCAAAUGCUGUUCUUCAUUAGAUAAAUACUGUUAUGUGUAAACUAAAACUCAGAAAGUAGGCUUGAAAAACUGAAAAUUUUGGAUAUUUAUGUUACGUGUUAGAAUUACGUAGAGAUUGAUAUUGAAACUGUUGUUGUUGUUACCAUUUUACAAGUAUAGAAGAAAGACAUAUAGUCAAAGUUUAUUUUCACUAAUAAGCUUACAAUACAAGUUUAGUUUAUUCUUUAUCGUACUGUAAAAAAGCUCAAAUUUCAAUAUUUUGCUCGGGAUCAAGAUAGUAAUGUUUAAUAUAAUGUUUGUUAUAUUACCAAUAUGAAGUUAAAACCCUUUCAAAGAAAUAUUAAAACUAAGUAGUUUAAAAAAA